AUGCUACCACCUCAUCUUCAGUUCAAUCGAGAGGGUAAGACCAUUAAUUUUUUUGUGCCAAAGUUUCAUAUUGCUGCACAUAUCGAAUCAUGCCAAACUCAAUUCUCAUUCAAUUGGACUCCGGGAGUAGGACAGACUGACAGAGAAGCACCUGAGCGUGGAUGGGCAAACAUCAAUCGCAUGGCCAGCAGUAUGAAGGAAAUGGAUCCUGGAGCCCGAUCCAACACACUUAACAACAAUUUCAGCGAUUGGAACUGGAAGAAGAUUAUGGCUCUCAGUAAAACUAUGCUACGAAAAAUGACGGAAGCUGUUGUUGCUGAGAAGGAACACCAUCUUGCUCUCUCUGAACUCGAGAGCUCUAUCAACAACUCAGAAGUAGGAGCUGCUUCCCUUGCUGCAUGGAGGAUGGAGAUUGAAGCUUGGGAGAUGGAUCACUCACAAUGUAAUCCAUUCCAGAGACGAGUUGGCACAAUGACCCAGGUGGCUGUGCAGUUAGAGUUAGCACAGCAGGACACAAAGGAGUUGGAAGACAGCACUGGCAUUGACGUUGAAGAUGCCCAACACCAUUUGCAUGUCGAUUCCUCUGCACUCAACAUGUGGACCAACAUUCAAAAACUUUACAUGCCAGUGGUACCAAACCUCCAAAUAUCUGCAAACCUCCCAACUGGCUGCAACAGUAAUGACAGUGGCUGUCCAGUCCCAGGCCCCACCUCUGGAAAGGCAGAAGACUUUCAAUUACUUCUGCCUUCUGAGAUCUGUGAUGUCAUGCCAUGCAACAAGACACUCCUGGAAACAGAAUGGUCUCUGCAUUUUGCCCAAGCUACUGAUGCUCUGAAUGAGUGUCGUUCGCAUAUUCGACUGUGCCAUCAGCUGUAUCAAUUCAAGGUUCAGCAUCUAUGUGGACAAGGGCCCAACACCCGCGCAUGCAAAACCAUGGAUGCAGUUGAGGAACAUCUUAUGUUGAGCCAUGCUAAGUAUGCAAGGGCUCACAAGGCGCUUCUCUCCUUAGCUCGCCACCUUGAUCGGAUAGGAUGGGAGCACAAAUUGCAGCCUUUAAAAAAGAUGCACCUCAGACCAAUUGGGGACUUCGGACAACAGACUCAAGGCACAGCAAUUAUGUCAUGGAUUUGGCUAACUCACAGAAUUUCUUCUGACGACAGCGAGGGACUCCAAGACUCGCUUCGCAUUGAACAGUGUAAAGCCCGAGCGCAUCAUAAUAGGUGGUUGGAGGAAGUCCAGCUCUUAUUAGAAGAAAUGCGACGUACUCUAGCCUUUCUCAAAUGGCAGGAAGACUCCUGGGAAUCAUGCGCAACCCUACCAACUAUUGAGCAGCCCGAGGAAAAGGAGGUGGCAGCUUUUGCGGAACAUUGGAAGAGAGUCCCGCAGCUUGUGGCCUCAAACUUUGAUUUUGAUCCAAGUACUGACGAUGUUGAUGGGGUGUCUUUGGAUGCACCUCCUUUACCUUUGUGA